AUGAGCGAUUAUACCGCUGCCGGGAAUGGCAUCAGUGGUGGCUAUCAGGGAGACUCCCUGGGCAUGCAGAUCGCGAUUGCGACUCUUGCCGGGGUCACUUGGUACAACGCCUUCGAGCUGAUGAUCCUCCUCUUCGUCACUUUCGCAGAGUACCGAGGACUCUACUUUUGGAGUUUGUUCAUUUCAUCCUCAGCUGGCCUGCUGCCAUAUUCAUUGGGGUUUUUGCUCAAAUUCUUCAAUGUUACUCCACAUCAGCCGUGGCUACCCGUCAUUUUGCUCACGAUUGGAUGGUGGUGCAUGGUUACUGGUCAAUCUGUUGUUCUAUACUCGCGCCUACAUCUGGUCCUCUCUAACCAGCGGACCCUGCGCCGUGUGUUAGCUAUGAUCGUCGUUAACGCAAUCAUCCUCCACUUCCCAACUACAGUUCUCACCUUCGGCACAAACCUGGCCCAUGGCCCCUCCUUGGAACCGUAUAAGAAAGGCUACAACAUAAUGGAAAAGAUCCAAAUGACAGGCUUCUGUAUCCAGGAAUUCAUCAUCUCGGGGCUAUACAUUUGGGAGACAGUGCGCAUGUUGCGUUUAGACCCAGACCGCACCAAGCGCAAGAUCCAGUACCAACUGCUGAUCAUCAACUCCAUCAUCAUCAUCUUGGAUGUGGGCCUGCUUGUUGCUGAAUAUAUGGACUUCUACAUCAUGGAAACCAUGUUGAAAGGCGCAAUAUAUAGCAUCAAGUUGAAGCUUGAAUUCGCCGUCCUCGGAAAACUCAUUCACCUGGUACACAAUCAUGGCUGGAAACCCGAGUCUUUUUCUGCACCACGCGACCUCCCCGACUUCGUCGACGCAACGCGCGUCACCACCGAUAUAACCCAUGCUCCCCCGAGCAUCACCCAACGUCGACCUGCCUGGAUGAACUCUGACGACAUCUCCAUCGCCAUGUUUGAGCAUUUGCCGCCUGAUCACCUACGCAAUAAUUCCGAUGUAUCCAACUUCUCCAAUUCAAUGAGCAGCGAGGGCCGCGUUUAUCAUGUUGACCACCUCCCCCAUGACUUCACCAACCCUUUCAGUCGCUAUCCAGGGUACCCGAGUCGCCCUCGGAAAAUCCCUGAGAAGCCGGGAUGA